GUGUGUGAAAGCAACAGGAAGUUUCUUACAGGGUCUGAAUUGAUCGAUCCCACAUGCCACCAGAGUCUCAUCCCUUGUGUCUGCCCUGCCACAAUGUGUUUGCUGGGCUCCGAGUGGUGAAGAGGUCAAGGCAUGAGGCAUCUCUGCUGUCGGCAUGUAAUCACCUGUCUCCAAAAUGCUAGCCAACCAGAAUCUCACUACUAGCAUAUAAAACCCAUGCGAGCAAGCAGCCAUGCCGCAGAAGCGCAGAGCGAUCGCACAAGCAGAGCUCAUCACCGGUGAACUCCGAAGCAGAGCAGCCAGAGCCAGCCACCAUGGAAGUGGCCGCCGCCGCACGAGACCUCCUCGCCCCCGGCGCCCUCCCCGCCCUCCUCCUCCUCCUCCUCGCCGCCCUCUACGCGCUGCGCCGCCGCGCCGGCGGCGGCCUCCGCCUCCCGCCGAGCCCGCUGGCGCUGCCCUUCCUGGGCCACCUCCACCUCCUGGCCCCGCUCCCGCACCAGGCGCUGCACCGCCUCGCCGCGCGCCACGGCCCGCUCCUCUACCUCCGCCUGGGCUCCGUGCCCGCCGUCGCCGCCUGCUCCCCGGACGCCGCCCGCGAGGUGCUCAAGACCCACGAGGCCGCGUUCCUCGACCGCCCCAAGCCGGCGGCGGUGCACCGCCUCACGUACGGCGGGCAGGACUUCUCCUUCUCGGCGUACGGGCCCUACUGGCGCUUCAUGAAGCGCGCGUGCGUGCACGAGCUCCUGGCGGGGCGCACCCUGGAGCGCCUCCGCCACGUCCGCCGCGAGGAGGUGGCCCGCCUCGUUGCGGCGCUGGCGCGGAGCGCGGCGGGCGGCGCCGCCGUCGACGUGAACGCCGCGCUCAUGGGGCUCACGGGGGACGUCGUCUCCCGGAUGGUGAUGAGCCGGCGGUGGACCGGCGACGACGUCGACACGGAGGAGAUGCGGGCCGUGGUCGCCGAGACCGCCGAGCUCACCGGCGUGUUCAACCUGCAGGACUACAUCGGCGUGUUCAAGCACUGGGAUGUGCAGGGCCUCGGGAAGCGUAUCGACGCCGUGCACCGCAAGUUCGAUGCCAUGAUGGAGCGGAUCCUGACGGCGAGGGACGCCGAGCGGCGGCGGCGGCGGGAGGAGGAGGCCGCCGGCGGCGAGGGAGAGGCAGGCGCCAAGGACGUGCUGGACAUGCUCUUCGACAUGCACGAGGACGAAGCCGCCGAGAUGCGGCUCACCAGGGAUAACAUCAAAGCCUUCAUGCUGGACAUCUUCGCGGCCGGCACGGACACGACGACGAUCACGCUGGAGUGGGCGCUGUCGGAGCUGAUCAACAACCCGGCCGUGCUUCGCCGCGCGCAGGCGGAGGUGGACGCCGUCGUGGGCGCGUCCCGGCUCGCCGACGAGUCGGACGUCCCCAACCUCCCCUACCUGCAGGCCGUCGCCAAGGAGACGCUCCGCCUCCACCCGACGGGCCCGCUGGUGGUGCGCCGCUCCCUGGAGCCCUGCAAGGUCUCCGGCUACGACGUCCCCGCCGGCGCGACGGUGUUCGUGAACGUGUGGGCGAUCGGGCGCGACCCGGCGAGCUGGGCGCCCGACCCGCUGGCGUUCCGGCCGGAGCGGUUCCUGGAGGGCGGGAGCGCCGCCGGGGCGGACGUGCGCGGGGGGCACUUCCACCUGCUGCCGUUCGGGAGCGGGCGGCGGAUCUGCCCCGGCGCGGGGCUGGCCAUGCUGGUGGUGCAGGCGGCGCUGGCCGCCAUGGUGCAGUGCUUCGAGUGGGAGCCGGUGGGGGGCGCGCCCGUGGACAUGGAGGAGGGGCCCGGGCUCACGCUGCCGAGGAAGCGCCCGCUCGUCUGCACCGUCAAGGCCAGGUUCGACCCCAUGCCGGCUCUGGCCGCCGAUGAGGGCGCGGCGGCGGCGGCGGCCGGUGAGGAGUGACGGCGGCAGACGUGUUCAUUCGUCGAGCUGGCAUUGGAUUUGUGUCGUAUGAAAGUGGAACUCUGUUAUAUCUCGAGGUUGGGAUCACCGCAGUAGUUGUAGCUGCUCGUGUAAGCUUUUGUGAUCUUGUGGGCUUGUUGUCGCCAUGGGCCUAUGUUGGGGGUAUCAUUGGUCAACUAAAGGCCACGAAAAUGGAAUGGCUCUCACAGCCCAAAAACUGUUGUAGGUUUUGCAGUCCUAGUUGUCCUGUUGAUCCACGACUUUAUCAGCAA